UUGGUUAAAAGUUGAUAAUAUUUUUAUUUUUUUUUGAAACAAAACUUGAUGAUAAUAUGAUAUCAUUGCAACCCUCUAUAUGCUUCUAAAAAUGUUGCCUUUUGUUGAUUUAAAGCAGUAUGGAUUCAGAGUGAUUUGGGAGGGAGUAAUAAAUUUUUUAUUUAUAGACUUGCUGAUUAAAAUUAAUUCCUUGUAAAAGUAGGUGAUGGAAUUAACUUCCCCUUCCAAAUUCUUAUUGUACUGAAGCACAUGGCAAUGAAUAAAAGGACCAAACAAAUGAACAGUGCCAGAAAUUGAUUACACAUACAGGACACAGACCUUAAGUCCUUAAUUGACAAUGUGAUAAUUUCUUAAAUUCAAGAAAAGAUUAACUUGAUAUGCAAUCAAAGAAAAAUAUACCCUUAUCUUGAUAUGAUGUUGCUAAAAUGCAAAUGAAUCUGGUUCACAAACUUAUAGUCCAAAAACUUUAAAGUCAACAACUGCGUACUACUACUAAUUCUACAACUCCUUAUUUCAUUGUUGCCAAAAGAACAUUCUUACUUAGAAAAAGUGGCUAAUCUAAGUGAAUCUGACACUGCAAACCCACCAAGUUACUGGAAAAUGAGUAAGACUGAUUUUUUCCCAGGAGAGUCCUUUAAAAACUGGAGUGCCUACAGAUCUGCAGUCUCGCAGACGUGCCACCGGUUCACAGACCGUCUUAUGAGUCGUUCAAAUGAUGCGAAUGAGCUUGGUGAUAUUCGACAGCAGAGUAAGAACGAUAUGAAGCGUUGCCUGAAUUGGUGGGAUUUAAUCUGGUUCGGGUUUGGAUCAGUGAUCGGUGCAGGAAUAUUUGUUCUUACAGGCAAAGAAGCCCAUGAUGAUGCUGGACCUGCUAUUGUCAUGUCUUAUUUGGUUUCAGGUUUCUCAGCAAUGCUUUCUGUGUUCUGCUAUACAGAAUUCGCGGUAGAGAUUCCCGUCGCAGGUGGUUCAUUUGCUUAUCUGAGAAUAGAAUUGGGAGAUUUUGCUGCAUUCGUAGCAGCAGGUAACAUUCUGUUAGAAGGAAUUGUUGGGAGUGCAGCAGUUGCAAGAGGUUGGACCUCUUAUUUCACAACUUUGUUGAAUCUUCAGCCGAAUUCUUUAAGGAUUCAUACUGAUCUUUCUCAAGGGUUCAACAUGUUGGAUCCUAUUGCAGUUGGAGUUCUUAUAAUUUCGUCUACAAUCGCUAUCAUCAGUACUCGGAAAACUUCCAUCUUUAACUGGAUUGCAUCAGCAAUAAACACUGCUGUGAUAUUCUUUGUGAUCAUUGCAGGACUUUUACACGGAAAAACAUCAAAUAUGACCCCAUUUCUUCCCUAUGGAGUAAAAGGGAUCUUUCAGGCAGCUGCAAUCAUCUACUUUGCUUAUGGUGGAUUCGAUACAAUAGCCAACCUGGCCGAGGAAACAAGAAACCCAGCAGUAGAUAUACCAAUAGGAUUACUCGGGUCUAUGUCCUGUAUCAUAGUGAUAUACUGCUUGAUGGCUCUUUCACUGAGCAUGAUGCAGCCUUACUCAAGUAUAGACCCUGAUGCAGCAUACUCACUGGCGUUCCAGAGUGUGGGAUUGAAGUGGGCAAAGCCGCUGGUAGCUCUUGGUGCACUAAAGGGAAUGACAACAGUACUACUGGUGGGAUCACUAGGCCAAGCCCGAUACAUGACUCAUAUAGCACGAGCACACAUGAUCCCACCAGUAUUUGCUUUUGUACACCCGAAAACAGGCACUCCUAUAAAUGCCACACUCUUAACAACCAUAUUAAGUGCCAGCUUUGCAUUCUUCUCAAGCUUAGACACAUUGUCAAGCUUGUUAUCUAUCAGCACUUUGUUUAUCUUCAUGAUGAUGGCGGUAGCACUCCUCGUGAGAAGGUACUACGUGAAAGGUGUCACCAGUCACAAAAAUCUGAGAACACUAAUUGGUUUAUUGCUGAUCAUCAUUGCUGCUUCGAUAGGUAGUGCAGCUUAUGGGAGUUCAAAUCCUAAAGGUUGGUUAGCGUAUACUAUAACAGUCCCGUGUUGGUUAUUGGCAACCAUGGGUAUAGCACUCAAGCUGCCUCAACAGCGUACAUCAAAGGUCUGGGGUGUUCCUUUGGUCCCGUGGCUUCCAUCCUUAUCUAUCGCCAUCAAUGUGUUUCUGAUGGGUUCAUUAAGGGCUGAAGCUUUCAUUAGAUUUGGCAUUUGUACUGCUGUAAUGUUGAUCUACUAUGUACUCUUUGGUCUCCAUACAACUUACGACUUGGCACAUCAGGAACACUUGGAAAUUCAGAAGGUUCCUGACAACAGCACAGUUUGAUCAGGAUAGCAGGGUUUGGUUUAUAGGAAGCCUAAAAAUUGUGAGGCCAGUCGAUGAUUUAGAAGAAUUAUGUAAAUAAUCCUUCUAUCUGAUUAUCACAAACAUUGGAGUAGUUUAAAUUACACUGUUAUUGUGAGUUUGAUGCAGGGAAUAUAUACAAAUCUAAUAAUAAGAUUUUAAUAUACAAAUAAUAUUUGCAA